AUGACUGUAAAGGUUGAGUCUUUUCUCGUGGAACGAAUUGUGUAUAUCGGCAUAGCUUUAAUCAUCCCAAGCUAUUCAAUUUAUAAGCUUUUUAUCUCUUCAAAAAGUUCAGUGAAUCUAAAUUUAUUACGACUGAAAAAUGUCAGUUUAUCUCAAAAUUUGGUGUUAAUGCAAGAUGCGGCUGAAUUACAGUGGACGUUGCUCCCGUUGUGGAUGAGUUUUGUACCUUAUCUUUUACUCCAUUCAAUCGCAUCAUCAUUGGUUUUUACGUUAGUGAACAAAAAAAUAUUCAAAUGUUGUCGAAUAAUAUUAUCGAUUUCGCUCAUCAAUUAUUUGGUGGGUUUUAAAAUCAUAAUGGACGUCUUUUUGAACGUAUUAUGCUUUUCAUGCAUAAGUUAUUUGGUCUUUGGAAAUUAUCUCUUGAUGUGGGCGUUUGCGGUUUUAGUGUUUCAAGCAUCUGAAUUUUUUGAAUCAUCGUUUAACCUUGGAUUGAUGUCAUACGACUGGUAUAUGAUCUUAUAUGCGGCGCAUUUCUAUAUAGUUCUACGCAGUUUAAGUGUGGCGUUAUCGUUUCAGAAAUCUUCGGACAAGCAGACAGAAAAAAAGGGUUCAAUCAUUCACUGUACCGCUAAAUCCUCACUAGAAACUUUAUUGGAUGUAUUAGACUAUUCUUUAUAUCCUCAUGCAUUGCUGUUAGGUCCACUCGUCUUGUAUUCAAAUUGGCUUAAUUUCUGGGAAAAUCUUGAUAGUUUACAUUCCAAUCAUCUGUCACCCAGUUUUAAAACAUUACUCGACACACUGAUAUCACUUGUUUUAAAAGCUAUCCGGUUGAUAAUCUGGAGUUCAUUUUGGUCAUUAUGCCUUUGUAUAGUUUAUCCGAAUUCAUUUGGUUAUUUGAUUUCCUAUGCACAAAUUAGUGGAUUAUCUAAACAAAAUAAAUCAAAUCAGUAUGAUCUUAUUAUUGAUCGUGGCACAAUUGGUGCGAGUAUUUAUUUACGUACUUUACAUUUAUUCAUUAUAUAUUUACAAUUUUACGGAUGGCCAUAUAUACUUUCAAAUUUUGAAUGUCUACUUAUUAAUUUUUUACAUAAAUUAUCAAAUAUUCUUAAAUCAUGUGUGCGAAACACCAAAACUACUACUACUGUCACUGAUCAAAUAAGAAAAUCUCGUAGUGACCCAAGCCCGAUUCAAGUUUCGUUUAUGCCUGAACCACCAGCAUGUCUCUUACAUUUCCUUCUGAUUUCUGAAUGUUGGCGGUCAUUUGAUCGUGGACUGUAUAAUUUCAUCAAAUCUUAUAUUUUUAUACCUGUAAUGAAACUCGAUUUAUCUUCAAAUUAUCAACAUCCACUGCUCUCAAUUAUCUUUCCUGUCAUUAAAAAGUGGUUAGCGCUUACUUUAUCCUAUUCAUUUGUACUUUUAUUUCAUGGAAUUGAUAAAACAAAUGCAAUUUGGUUAUCUACAAAUCUACUGCUUUUAUUUUCUGAACGUUCUGUGAAAUGGAUUUAUCGAUGUACCAAUCUUGGAUCAGAAAUUCAUCAUCAGCUGUCUGAUAGAUGGAUUCGACGUCUGUCAUUGUUACUUUGUGCAACCAGUGGAGUUCUUUCAGUUUUGGGGAAUUCGCACUUCCUCUUCGGUUCGAAAGUGGCAAAUCAACUAGCUAUGUGGUUAAUACAUGAUCCAACUCUACGUUUCACGGUAUUUGUGUAUUUCUAUUGUCAAUUCAAUUUUGUCACCGAUUUGAGAAGUCUAUUCCCAUCGAUCAGACCAGAUUUUGAAAAAAAGAUCCAAUGA